GGCGCUGCCGUGGUCCGCGCCUCCCCCAGUCCCCAUGGUUACAGCUCCUGCUUCCCGGCCGGUCCUUCAUUCCCCUGGCUGUUGCUGCAGAAAUCAGGCGCGCAGGCGGCUGGCGUCCCCCAACCCAGAGCUGGAAACUGCCUGCAGAGAGCGCAUUGGAUGCCUGCUCUUCUCGGCUCUGACUCACUCCCUCCGGGUGCAGAGCUCCGUCCCCAGCGCAGUGCUCUGGCCACAGCCAGUCGCCAGGCUGCAGCCCUGCAAUCUGUUGAUAACUCCACUCAUAAGCUCCAAUCUAAUGCCUUUCGUCAUAGAAAGCUGUUCCCUAGCACGAGGGACAUGCCACAUCUCGCCUGUGAGAAGCAGGAGACCUGUGCCUCUUCAGCUGCCUUUACCAAAAUAGGUCUAAAUGGCUAGAACCGUCUCAGAGCUACCAUUCUGUCAGACAGAGCUUUUCCGAUUUCAACAUUCUCCUGAGCCAUCCACACUAAGAAAGCAACUGCCAGCCUAGAAGGAAACCUCCAUAACACUCUUCAAAAUGUCUGUCUUCAAACCUCUUCAUGACUUCACCGUCCCAUGUAUCCCUCUAAAAAGGAAAUCCCAGCAAACUAUGUUCAUGUAACGUCCACUGGCAUUCUAAGAGAAUGAGUGACUUACCUUCUGCUUGUCCCAUGGAAGGCUGAUCUAUUGAUAAGAUCCAGUUAUCACUGAAAAGACGAGCAAGGAAAUGCAUCAGGCUCUCUUGAAACCAGUCUGGGUUGGUGCAGAACCAGAAAAUAAAAAAUACAGAACGGAGAAAAACAAGAAGAAUAGGAAAAUCAGCACACAGCGACUCACACUGGUGAGUCCGGCACUUGAGAAGCUGAGGCAGCUGUAGAGGGAGAUCCUGCCACAAAACAAAAGAGAACAAAACCACAGAUGGAACCGAGGAAGACAACCCAGGAGAACUAAGUUGAAAGAAGGACCGAGGCUGAGGAGAUGACUCAGUGGGAUUUGAAGACUGUCCUCUCCCUGCCCCAGUACCCAGGGGAGUUCCUGCACCCCGUGGUGUAUGCCUGCACUGCGGUCAUGCUCCUAUGUCUCCUUGCCUCUGUCAUCACCUACAUCCUGCAUCAGAGUGCCAUCCGGAUAAGCCGGAAAGGCCGGCACGCACUCCUCAACUUCUGCUUCCACGCAGCUCUGACCUUCACCGUGUUUGCUGGUGGCAUCAACCGCACCAAACACCCUAUCCUGUGCCAAGCGGUGGGCAUUGCGCUGCACUAUUCCACGCUUUCUACCAUGCUGUGGAUCGGAGUGACUGCCAGGAACAUCUACAAACAGGUGACCAAGAAGGCCCUGCCGUGCCCAGGUGCAGACCAGCCGCCAUACCCCAAGCAGCCCUUGCUCAGGUUCUACCUCAUCAGCGGAGGGGUCCCUUUCAUCAUCUGUGGGGUCACAGCUGCCACAAACAUCAGAAAUUAUGGGACAGAGGAUGAGGACGUGGCAUACUGCUGGAUGGCCUGGGAACCCAGCCUGGGUGCAUUCUAUGGGCCGGCUGCCUUCAUUACCCUGGUCACUUGUGUGUACUUCCUCUGCACCUACGUGCAGCUGCGGCGUCACCCGGAGCGCAGGUACGAGCUCAGAGAGCGCACGGAGGAGCAGCAGCGGCUGGCAGUGCCAGAGACUGGCCACCGCCAUGGAAUGCGUCCCGGCACACCACCCACCUGUGAUGCCCUGGCUGCCUCGCAGCUGCAGAAUGAGCAUUCCUUCAAGGCCCAGCUCCGUGCCGCUGCCUUCACGCUGUUCCUGUUCACAGCCACGUGGACCUUUGGGGCUCUGGCCGUGUCUCAGGGCGACUUUCUGGACAUGAUCUUCAGCUGUCUGUAUGGCGCCUUCUGCGUGACACUGGGACUCUUUGUGCUUAUCCACCAUUGCGCCAAGCGAGAGGACGUGUGGCAGUGUUGGUGGUCAUGUUGCCCUUCUCGGGGAGAUACCUCCGCCACCAAGCCCAGUGCCCACCCCACACUUGAUGCCAACGGGGACGCGCUGGGGCAUACAGCCUGCUUGCAGGACUCACCAUGCCCUGGAAAACUCAGAGGUUUUGGCCAUCCACCAGCCAGCCACUGCAAGAUGACCAACCUGCAGGCUGCCCAAGGCCAUGUCAGCUGUCUGUCCCCUGCCACCCCCUGUUGCGCCAAAAUGCACUGUGAGCAGUUAAUGGAGGAGGAGGCCCAUGUACACAUGGGUGAGGAGGACGCCUUCCCACACGAUCACCAUCUGCAUGACCCUCACCUGCACAGGUGCCUCAAGGGCAGAACUAAGCCCCACUACUUCAGCCGGCACCAGGCAGCUGCAGCUGAGAGGGAAUAUGCCUACCACAUCCCCUCCAGCCUGGAUGGCAGUCCCCACAGUUCACGUACGGAGAGCCCCACCAGCUCUCUUGAGGGCCCGAUGGGGGUGCACACAUUGGCCUGCUGUGCCCAGGCUGACCCCUUUCCCAUGGUCAGCCAGCCUGAGGGUGGAGACACAAGCCCUGGGCUCUAUGGCUGUCCCCCACGCCUGUCCCCAGGCCCUGCCCACUUGGAAAUGCUACGAAGGACACAAUCCCUGCCUUUUGGGAGCCCCAGCCAGAAUGGGCUGCUCCAGGGUGAUGUUCGAGAAGGCCUGCCAUUUGGCACUGAUGGGACAGGGAAUAUCCGAACAGGACCCUGGAAAAAUGAAACUACAGUGUAGCCAGGUUGGGAACACAACUCCUUCACCAGUGCCACCAUGUGUCCCUGGAGGAGCUUCAGAGCAGGGAGUGGCCCUUUGCUUUGUGGGGUUAAUAGGCUGGAAGGGUCAUCAAAU